CUCGGGGCGGCGCUGGGCGGGCGGCGCUGGGCCCGCCCCGCCGGCAUCCCCGGCCCGACUUCCUCCUGCCUCGGCCGGCCCAGCUGGAGGAAGCGGCGGUGGCGGCGCGACCAUGAGCGCGGGCGACGCGGUGUGCACAGGCUGGCUCGUCAAGUCGCCCCCCGAGAGGAAGCUGCAGCGCUACGCCUGGCGCAAGCGCUGGUUUAUCCUCCGGCGGGGCCGCAUGAGCGGCGACCCCAACGUCCUGGAGUACUACAGGAACAAGCACUCAAGCAAGCCCAUCCGUGCAAUAGACCUCAGCGAGUGUGCAGUGUGGAAGCACAUGGGCCCUGGCUUCGUUCGGAAGGAAUUUCAGAAUAAUUUUGUGUUCAUUGUCAAGACUACGUCUCGUACAUUCUAUCUUGUGGCCAAGACCGAGGUAGAAAUGCAGGUGUGGGUGUACAGUAUCACUCAGGUCUGUAACCUCGGCCACCUGGAGGGUGGUGCAGAUUCCAUGGAGAGCUGCUCUUGCAUGGCAUCCUCCCUGCAGCCAUCCCCCGCCAGCUGCCUUCAUACCAGCCCUGCUGUCAGCUCCUCCUCAUCUGGAGAUGACCCAGGGACUAAUACCACAGUCACUGAGGAAAGGAGAAGUGAGUCAGAGUUCCUCUCCCUUCCUGAUUACAUGAUUCUGUCCAACUGUGAGACUGGAAGACCACGCCAGGCCAGUCUACCCACCAGAUGUGAUAGCUGGUCCAACUCAGACCGCUCGUUGGAACAGGCUUCCUUCGAUGACGUUUUUGUUGACUGCCUGCAGCCCCUGCCCUCUAGUACCUUGGUCCAUGCCUCACGCCUUGGGAAUGGAUCUCAGGAGGCACCUCCCAUGAGGCCUCAGGCUGCCCCGAUCUGGAGUAGAGAUAUCAGUGGGCCAUCCAUGGACCGCUUUUCUUCACCAUUGCUGGAAACUUCCUUAAAUUCCACCAUUCACGUAGAUAAAAACCAAGGUUCCUUGCCCUAUGGGGUAAAAGAAGUAGACAUCAUGUUCAACACGCCACCUCCCCGCCCCCCUAAGCCAAGCUAUCUCUCUGAACGGUGCCAAGAGGAGCAGCACAUGUGGAGUGGGCACAGCAGCAUCCAGAAGGCAGAAUGCACUGCGGCACAGAGAAGAAUCUCUCUUUCUGGUUUAGAUAAUGUGCCAACCUGGAAAGCUGAUGUAGAAGGCCAAUCCUUAAGACACCGAGACAAGCGGCUUAGUUUAAAUUUGCCAUGCAGGUUCUCCCCAGUGCGCCCCACAGCCUCGGCCAGUGUUGAAGACAGCUACGUGCCCAUGGGCCCCCAGGCCACUGCCUCUGGUCUUGGACCUCACUUCAGCCCUGAUGACUACAUCCCAAUGAGCUCAGGAAGCAUCCCAAGCCCAUUGUCUGAGCUGCCUGCAGACCUGGAGCCACCCCCAGUGAAUAGAGAUCUCAAGCCUCAGAGGAAACCACGGCCACCUCCUCUGGAUCUGAGAAACCUGUCCACCAUCCGGGAGCACACAUCUCUAACCAGGUCCUGCACUGUGCCUUGCAAUCGAACCAGCUUUCUCUCUCCAGAAAGAAAUGGUAUUCAUUCUGCAAGAUUUUUUGCCCAUUCUGUUUCCAGAGAAGAGGAAGAAAGCUACAUCCAAAUGGAGAAGCACAGAACAGCUAGUUCCCUGAGCAGUGGUGCUCUGACGUGGACAAAGAAAUUCAGCCUGGAUUAUUUAGCCCUGGACUUCAAUUCGGCAUCACCAGCUCCUGUACAGCAGAAAGUUCUCCUGUCAGAAGAGCAAAGAGUUGACUAUGUCCAAGUGGAUGAGCAGAAGACACAGGCUCUUCAGAACACAAAGCAGGAGUGGACGGAUGAGAGGCAGUCCAAAGUGUGAGUGACGUGCGGUUGGGCCGAGUGGGAGUCAGUGGAGAUGUGGGUCGCCUUGAGGUUUUUUGCCAGAAUAGCACCAAUGCUUAGUGAAAAGCAAGAUCCGGAAAUAAUGUAUAAUUUCCAUGGGUUUGGCAAGAACCUCUGGGGGAGGGGAGCUAGUGGUAAGUACCGAUGGGGACAGCAGGGGGCUGUGAGGGAGUGCGCGUGCCUGGUCCCUGCUGCAGUGGUUUGGUUUCCAGCCCAGAGCCGCCCCCGGGGAUGCCUGGGGCUGGUGCUGUGGUCUUAAGGGGCAGAGAUGGGGGGUUCCACGGCACAGACUGGGGUGUAUAAAACUCUAUCCAUUCAGGGACGUUAGGAACAAUAAAAACAAGACUUGCGAGAAUAUUUUCCCCAGAAUUUGGUUAGAAAUCCCUCCAGUGGAGCAUUUUCAGUACAGAUGAGAGUCAGUAUUGCUACGAGGAGAAUAACCUAACUUGACUCCAAUACCUGAAAUUCUGACCUCUCUCCUGUGCUUCCACUGGAAUCGUAAGUUAACCUAGCAGAGAGGUCCCUGGAGACCAUCUUGUUCUGGCCCCUGAAGACACUGUUGAGGAGAUCAAAGCUAGCAAUGGUGGCAAUAUUUGCACUCCUUACUGCAAAGACUCCAGUGGACAAAUCACUUCUGUCCCGAAGACAGUUCAGCUGAUGGGCAGUGAGUCUUGGGUUCCAUGAUGGACCAGUGAGAUGACACUGCUGGCUCUGAGGGCAUCAUGGGUCAGCAGCUACCGGUGCCUGGGUAUUCUGUCCCUGCUGGCCUUUUUCCAGCAUGCUCUCACACGCAUCAUCCCAUUUCUCCCACUAAAAGACCUCAGAAGCUAGGCUUGGUAGAGUUUGCUGCUCCCACUUUGAAGAAAACUGAAAACCAGAGGUGGGAGCACUUUGCCCAAGAUCACUCAUGGAGCCAAGACAGCAUCAGGCUUCAAGUAGAGCCGGCUGGGCCGCCCAUUGCAGGCUCAUUCCAGUUUACAUGCUUCUGAGAAUUCUGAGGAAAUUUAUCAAUUCGGUCAAUGUCUGAAACGUGGGAAAUGUGCAGACGUGAGAUGAGUUAUCCUCUCUCCCUUUCAUAGAAUUUUGAGCAGGUGCUUUUAUAUUUAUAAGGUAUGUGUGGCAAGCCAGGGUUUCUUUACGUGGUGUUCAAACGGAGAAGUCAGUAGUCACCGCUACAAAUACCUCCCUCUGGUCACUGUGCAGUCUGCUCUUGGAUUGUUUGGUCCCUUGAGCCAGCUAAUGCUGGCAGAAUAUUUGCCACCUUAGGGAAGGCAUAACUUGAACCUGGACCCAAGCUUUUGAGCAGUGAAAGGAUCAGAGAACAAACAAACAAGUUCCAUUCUCAGGUUUCUAGCAAAUUUUUACCUUCUGCUUUAGUGAUGGCUAGAAUCUGACGGCAAAGAUAACCCCUUUGCAGUGAGGGUAUUAUGUCACCCCUUUCUUUAUGGGCACAGGGGGUUCAGGGGACCAGGGAUAAGUCUCACCUGGACAUGGGAUUGUCCUUAACGCUCCUUCCUGAUCACUGGAGCCCCUGCAGCCAGAAGGUGCAUGUGCUGUGCCGACUGUGCUGCAUCUUCUAUGUGCUGUAGGGUUUCACAGUUUUACACUAAUGUAAGAGUGAGUAAAUGCCAGUCUUGGUUUUUCAGACCAAAAAAGAAGUAAUUUUGAUGUUCAAAGCAGCAGGAUCUGGUGACAUCCUUUGCUUCCUGGAGCAAGGUGGAGGAAAAUUGCUGAGUGAUUUAACUGAGUUAAGAAUCCUUUUAGAGCCAGGUUGGGACCAUGACAGGCUCACUGUGCCCCUCAGCCAGCUCUGUCACACACACAGGCCAGAGCCCAACAGGACUGCGGCCUUCCCUGUGGUGCUUGUAAAUGCGUCACAGCCUCAGGCAAGAAUCCAGGGGUGCAGCCUGCUAGUUCCCAUAGAUGGUAGAUUCCUCAUGUAUGGGGCAUCUCGGUUCAGGUUUUUGAUUACCUGACACGGGCUCAUGUAGAAAAAUUGUAUGUCCUAGUAUCAAAAACCAUACCAGAUUGAAUAUAGAUCAGAAAAGAAAAUACAGCUAAACUUCUGUUGAUAGUAAAAAUAUGACCCAAUUGACUUUAAAAAAAAUCUCUUUCUAUAAAAUAUUUCAAGGAACAUAUUUACUGCACAAAGCAACACACACAUGAACUGUCUUGCUUAGAAGUGAUUAAUUAGGGUUUUAAACGAAAGGAUGACUUGAGCCUCAUUGCCAGUGUGUAUGGGAUUAUGUCCUGCUUUGAGAAAACUGCUAAUGGAUGGCCACACCAAGGCAGUGACUCGAGGAUGCAAAGGCUGGGUAGCGUUUGAGCUGAUGGCAGUGUGUGUGCCUCGCAAAGGAAUCACUACGGUGCUGGAGGACACAGUGCAUGUGUGACAUAGGUCUGUGAUCUCACCAGGGUCUGACAGUUGGAGGGCUUUGUAGCAAAAAUGAUCCCAAGUGUACAUGGCGUGUCUGGUCACUGUGCAGGGUACACCUUCUGAGAAGAUUUGGGAAUCAGUGGAACAGCAGUCAGUUCCCCAGUGCGCUUGGUGAUCCUUUUUGCUUGGUUUCCUUCUAUCUCACUUUGUUGGGAAAUUCCUCCCUAUAGGGGGUUGUGCAGAAUGGGGCACUGAGGGACCCCCCCAAGCCUCCAAGGCCCCACGGCCACAAAGCGCAUCAGGAGGGAGGAGCCCUGGGCCCAGCAAAGAGCUUGGCUACAAGGAUACAGAGAGAUCCUGUGGGGCCCAGUGUCCAGGCUGCUUCACUGCAGAGUAAGGCCACCUUGGCUCCUAUUCACACCGUCUUUGUACCCACCAUCUUGCUGAUUUCUAAAAAUUCAUUGUGUUUUUACUAUUUACUUUCUGGCAUUAAUAAAAUUCUUAUACAGAGGAAUCUUGACUGGAGUUCCCUAUUUCUUGUUUUAAGUGAUAGCCUUGGACAUCAGAGCACAGUUGGAAAUCUGAGUACAUGAAACUGCCAGUUUCAUUUUUCAGCCAACUUGCCCCGACUCUGCAGCCAAGCCACAUCUUGACAUCUUUUUUUUUAAGAAGCUAGCUUCAGUACUUGGCCGUGAAAUCCCUAGCCCUCCGUGAUACCAUGUAUGACUUGACCUUCAUCAUGAAUCAUCCUAGUGGAGACUAAAGGUGUUCUUUCUUGUUCCUCUACUCAUGCUCUGGUGUCCAUACCACCCUGCGUCCUCACACGUUUCACUCUAUCACCUCUUCUCUUCAGAAUCUCCUCUCUCCAUUUUGUCUUGACUGGCUCCUUCCCCUGCAGUAACAUGAAUGCUCAGGCCUCCCUCCCUUCCUCAACUGCACGAGUCUCCUCCUCCUCCCGCCCUACUUCACAGUAUCAAACUGUGAACCUCAUUGUAGAUUAAUCCUCCGGGGACCUUUGAGGGGACGCUCCAAUGUCAAUAUCGUUAUUCUCCUUUCCAAAUCCCCUCCUGAAGUUGAUGCCUGCCUGCAUUGAGGGGCUGGCCCUUCCCUUCCCUGACAGAAGUCCGCAGUGUUAUUCCUUGGAAAGUGUAAAGCAGAGAGACUGUGGACUGGGAGUUCCUAAACCCAGCCAAGGACUCAAGUCCCAUAUUGAAAACAGACGGGUAAGUGGAUGUAUACAUCCUGCAAGCUGUAAAUCUCAGCUUCUCCAACUCUGACCCUAAGAAGACUCUUCCAGCUGCCAGAAUCUUAGGGAUUUAUUUCAGGGAUGCAAGGAUGGUACAAUAUUCAUAAAUCAAUCAACGUCUUACACCACAUUAACAAAAAGGAUAAAAAUCACACAAUCACACUACCCUGAACCAAUGUCCUAUCCAUAAAUAUUCAGGCUGUGCCCGAAGUCCAGAUGCCUUGCCAAUAUGUCUGCACUUUAUGACCUGUAUACUCUCUCUGACCCCUACCAUUUAGACAUGCUUUCCCGACUCAGACUCUCAUAACUUUGCUUCUUCUAAGUAGAAAGAUGAUUUCUGUCAAAAACACAGGCUAGCACUGGUCCCUCCUGUUUGCUCAAAUAACAAUACUGGCAACAAUGAUAAACAAUUACUAAGUACUGUUUAUUAUGUGCUGUUCACUGUGGUAGACACUUUGUAUACAUGAUCUUAUUUCAUUCUUCAUCACAGCUUUCUCAGGUAGAUGGCAUUCCUCAGAUGGAGAAACAGAGGCUCAAGGAGGGAAAGUAGCUUCUAAAAAUCCACCAGGCUAAUAAGAGGCAGAGGUGGAAUUCAAGCCCAGGUUGGUCGAAGUCCAUCCUCGUCCUACACCACCACACUGCCUCAGUCAAGGCAUUAGAGAGGAAGCUAGAAAGCACCAAGUGAGAGGGUACUGAGUACCUGAGUUGGAGGGAGUGGCCACCAUCAGUGGGACAAAGAGUAGACCCUGGAAAAAGAUGGGGCUUACAGAGGAAAACCUUCACUGACUCAUCAGGUCUGCAUAGCAUUGUGAUCUUCAGUUGCGCACGGGAUAAAUUGCCAUGCUUAUCUACCCACACAGAGAGUAAGUCAGAACGCCACCAUUAAUCUAUAUGAUACAACACCGACACAGCUAAAGACAAUUUUCAUGAUUAUAAAAGAUGCCUGAUUAUUUUUUUUCAGAAAGGGAGCUUGGAUUCCAUUAAUCAAGAUAGGAUUUUAUACCGCUUCACGGUCUGUCACAAAUAUAGUCAUAACAGUAAGCCUGAACCAUCAAGAAAGUGUACAGUCAUAUUUUGUAAGCCCAAGAUGGUACAGUGAGUUCAUGCUAUGGAUGGCCUGCAAUGCCAAACACAUGGCAAUGAUGGACAAAAUACAAAAAGGUAAACUAGGAAAGGAAUUGUGUAGACAAAAAAAGAUAAUUGUUUCUGUGUUGAACUGGCAGGCUUGCUGGACUAGAAGCAAAUAAUGAUAGCCAGAAGUUAAGCUCCUGCAGGGCAUAAUGAUCUAAAAGUACUUUGAGCAAGAUGCAGGACAAAAGCUAGGCUCACUGCUUAAAGCCAAGGUCUAGGAUGGAACUGCCCACAAACCCAGGAACCCCUGAAUGUAAAUCUGACAAACAAAACUACUAGAAAAUUUGCCGGGGUCUUUGGGUCUGGUGAGCUGUUGCAGUCCUAAGGAGCUGAGGACACAGACAAGCCUGACUCACAACUACAAGCUGAGCUAAGGUGCCCAAGAGCUUCCUGGAGCAGUGACAUGAAUAUGUCUUGUUAAAUGGUUUUGAUCCUAACAACUGACUGGUGUUUCGCAAGAAUGCAGUAAGAAGGAAAUAUGCUAAAGAGAUUGAUUUCCUUCUAUCAUCAAGCUUCCACCUGUGGAAGAUGUAAAAUUAGAGAAGAUGAAAGACACUUUUUAGAAAGUGGGUUUUUUUGGUGGAUGUGUGCAAACUAUUUGCAAAAGCAGUCCAGAUAUUCUCAUGGUUCUCCUAACACUUUGUUGCAAUGACCGUGUGUCGGGAGCCGGUCCGAACCGCUGGCCUGAUGACACAGUCCCGGCAGUCGGAUGGAAGGGGCUGCACCGCAGCCUUCCCAGGGGAGCAACCCCGAUAUCCCUCCUGCUCAAAAUGUCCCUCCUAAUAAAUUUGCUUAUUUCAGCUUAAAUUCAAGCUGCCCAUUCACAGAAGAGGCCAUAUCCAACUGUCCCUGAAAAUUUUGGGUAUUGACCCUAAAGGAAAUUGGAAAAAACCACUACUGCCCUGUGACUACCCCCAGUGAUGGGAAAGUGAGACCCCAUGAGUACUGGACCCAAGUUUAUGGGAAAAAAGAUACGGAAAAUUUGCCUGGGUUGAGGUUCCUUCCCCCGCCCCUACGUGGCCUCCAAAUGGCAUAUUCAGUGAUUGAUGGUGACAGCUGGGUACAGAGAACAAAUGAUAUUCUGUGGCUAGCCCGCCAAAGAACAGACUGGCAAACUAUAAAACAAAUGAGAACAGGGCAUUACCUGACUCCAGAUCAGAAAAAUCUUCAUUGUAAGUUUUACUGAAAAUGGGUCCGAGGCACAGUCCAUGAAAUUUGUCCCUGCCUGCCAAAAAGUCAUGUCCUUUUGGAGAGAGCCUCUUUCUUUCCUACCGGAGAUGAGGAAUGGGAGUAUAGCUAUGAAAGAAUGAGGGCCCUACAUAAAAACAAUAAAAUAGUGAACUUUAGUCAUCUGUAAAAAAAAAACAAGAGUCUGGCACCUACCCAACCUUUGUAAGACUUUUUAACCGCAAUGACUAGAAACAAAGCUUACUCAGAAAAAGUCAACUGCUAGGACAUGCCAAAUGAUUUAAUUUCAUUUUCCAAACUCAUGUAACCAUGCUGUAUGUCAAAUGAUUACUAUCUGUACUUUAUGUAAUCAAAGAGUAUAAAAACAGUCUGCUACUUUUCAUUAAAGGCCAGGCUCAGCUUAACUUUGCUAGUGUCUGUGUCCUCAUUUGCUCAGUCGCCGACGCCGUUCCUCCUUCAGGGACUCCUGGACUCACUGGAGCUGGACUCCGGCAACU